CAAGUCCAUUGUGCUUCCUUCUUCAGUCUCCAGACAACUCACUGUCGCGUUUUAUUCCAGUACAUUCUCCACAAACUAAUUCUUGACGAUCUUGAAACAGCACACCAUAGUAACGACCCCGAUUUACGACAAUCAACAUGGAGAAGCUCAAGAAGAUCUUUUCUCCCGGACACGAAAAGGACGAAGACGUCAUGUAUAACGACCCUAACACCAGCAGCAGCUCUACCACCCGCGAGAGCGCCACGCCCACACAGCACGGUCUCGAGAGCUCGACCGGAAAGAACACAGACCUCAGACACAACGUCCUUGACCCUCAGAGCAACGUCAAUUCCAGACCAAACCCAGCAGCUCACGUUUCAUCAGCUUCGACCAUUCCUGAUGAUGCCAGCACUGCCAGCAUUCGUUCAGGUGUCGUCGGCGCUGGCCAGGAGCCUCCGUCAACAGUAGCAGGCACUGGCUUCAACGACUAUGCUAGUGGUCUUGCACCCCAGCAGAAGAUGCCCAUCAGAAGCGUUACCCCUGUUGGACAAUCUCGUCCCAAGGCUGCGCCAAUGGAGACUAUGGAUCCCAGAGGUUUCGUGACGAGCUCACAUGCACACAAGGGUGCUGGACACAACUACCAGGGCGACCCCUGCCCAGAGGGCGACGAGCCUUUCGUUCCCGGCUAUCCUCACCACCAACAGGGCCCCCACAGUACCGACAUUGCCAACAGACUCGACCCUCACGUGCCUGGCGAGUUCCCUUCAGACGACGGUCUUGAUGCACAUGAGCGCAGAAGAGAAGGCGGUCUGACAUCAGGCUCUGCACUUGGCUCUGACGACUACUCAACUCAGCAACGCUCUGGUGUCUUGCCAGGACAAGGUGGCUCCACUGCAGACUCCACCUCUAGCCACCACGGAAGAGAUGCAGCUCUUGGAGCAGGUGCCGGAGCUGCUGGACUUGGUGCAUACGAAUCUCUCAAGCACCGUGAUCAAACAUCCGAGCCCAACACCUUCAACCAGACUUCGCAGCCAAGUGCUUACAACAACCAGAGCUCGGCUGUCGUGUCUCCCUCGACCACUGACCGCUCCUUCCCUCUCAGCAGCCACCCAACCGACGCCAGAGCUGCCAACACUUCCACCGCCCAACCCAUCACAAGAGAUGCUACAUCAGACACUUCUAGAGACCACCACCUUGGUAGAGAUGCUGCCCUGGUCGGAGGUGGACUUGGCGCUGCUGGUUUGGGUGCACACGAGUCUGGCUCUCACAGACCUAGCCGUGAGAUCGAAGGCUACGAUGACCAGCGUUUCGACCCCUCUGCUGCCUCUGGUGACAAGCCUACUCGCAUUCCCAACCUGAUGUACGGUCACUCAGACAACACAACCCGCUCUGGGCCCUCCGAUUCAACCAACCACGGUAGAGAUGCUGCUUUGGCCGGAGGUGCUGGUGUUGGUACCACUGCCGUUGUUGGUUCUGGCCUCCAUGGCUACAACCACGGCGGACGCACUGAGACCGACCCUGCUUCCAAGACCAUCGGUCCUCACAAGAGCAAUGUCAUGAACGUCUUGGACCCUCGUGUUCAGCCUGAGCCUGAGAAGAUGAAGGACCGCGAGACUUCUGGCCCCUACAGAAGCGAUGCCAUGAACACCCUUGACCCUCGUGUCAACUCAAAGCAGACUGAGCAGUCGCACCUUGGCCGUGACGCUGCAGUUGGUGCGGGAGCUGCCGGAGUCGCUGGAGCUGGCGCUUACGAGUAUGGUCAGCACCGUGCUGGUGCUACUCAGCAAGACCCUGCUAGCUACACCACUGGUCCUCACUCGAGCAACCUAGGCAAUGUUGUCGACCCUCGUGUCCAGCCUCAGCCCGAGAAGAUGCACGAUAGGACUACCACUGGCCCUCACCAGAGCAACAUGAUGAACCGCGCAGACCCUCGCGUGGACUCUGAUCUCUCCCAGCAGAACAAGGAGCAUCACUACGGUAGAGACGCAGCCUUGGCUGGUGGAGCAGGUGCCGCUGGUAUUGGAGCUUAUGAAUAUGCACAGCACCGCAACGGUCCUAGCGAUGGUCUCACUGCUAAUGUGGUCGACCCGAACCAUGACCCAAUCCUUGAGCAGCAAAGACUUGAGCGUGAACGCAACUUCAACGCUGGCCUGACCGGUGGUGCCUCCGGCGCCGGCGUCGGUGCUCUCGGACAUGGCAAACAGCACACCCCUAGUGACAACCUCGGCAGCUCUCCUUUCGACCCUCGAUCAACUAACACCUCAAGCAUUGUGAACCCGAGCACCGAUCCCAGUCUUGCACAGCAGACUCAAGGCCACCACUACGGUAGAGAUGCCGCAGUGGCCGGCGGAGUGGGAGCUGCGGGCGCGGGUGCCUAUGAGUAUGGAAAGCACCACGACAACAACGCAGGCCAGAACAUUGGAUCAUCUACCUUUGAUCCUCGUAGCACAAACACCUCCAAUGUUGUAGACCCUAGCACCGAUCCUACACUCGCACAACAAAAGCAAGGACACCACUACGGUCGUGACGCUGCUGCCGUUGGUGGUGUAGGCGCCGCAGGUGCAGGUGCAUACGAAUACGGCAAGCACCACGGCGGCGCUACCGACAGCAACCUCGGAACUUCCACUUUCGACCCUCGCUCUACAAACACCACCAAUGUUGUGGAUCCCAACAACGACCCUCUGCUUGCUCACCAAAGACAGGAGCGUCAGGGACACCACCUCGGCCGUGAUGCUGCCAUCGCUGGCGGUGCUGGCGCAGCUGGCUAUGGUGCUUACGAAGCUCUUGAUCCCAAGGAACAAGAGAAGCUCGCAAAGCACCAGGCAAAGGAGGCCGAGAAGGCUCAGAAGGCACAACAACACCAGUUGGACAAGGACCAGAAGACUCAGCAGCACCAAAUGGACAAGGACCUGAAGCAUCAGCAAAAGGAGCCACAAGCACGAUCUCGAGAAGGCCGAAAAGCAACGCGAGAAGGAGGCUGACCGAUCCGAGAAGGAAGCCGAAAAGGCAACCAAGGAGAACGAGCACCCGGAGAAGAAGCACCACUCUCUCCUCGGCUUCCUCCACCGCGACAAGAAGAACGAGCCC